CAGAAGCUCACAAACACUCCAAUUCAAUCUCAACCGAGCUUUAUCAAUACGUGUUGAACUCAAAAUGGAGCAAACCAAGGCCCUCAACGCUCUAGAGCCCUUCUUGGCCCUUAGCAAAUCCGCUACAUCGCCACGAGCAGCUUCAGACCUGGUAAUGCAGGCAACGAGUGCACCAAACACGUAUAUUUUCGCGGAACUGUUGCACACGCCGAACAUCCAGAACUUGCGCAACUCCGAGGAUUAUGCGUCGCACCUUACUCUGCUCGAGAUCUUCGCCUGGGGGACAUGGGAAGACUACAAAUCACAGGAAAACCUUCCCAAGCUCUCACCCCAACAGCGCCAGAAGCUCCAACUCCUCUCUCUCCUCCCACUCUCCCGCUCACACACAACCCUCACCUACUCACAUCUCAUGACUGCCCUUGAACUGCCUUCAACACGAGCCCUCGAGGAGCUGAUCACCACUGCCAUCUACUCUGGCCUCAUCAGCGCGACUCUCGACCCUGCACGUUCACUUGUCUCGGUGACUUCCAUCUCGCCCCUGCGUGACCUCGCACCAGGCUCGCUUCCCGCUCUGCAGUCAACGCUCCAGGCAUGGUCGCAGCGCUGCGACUCUGCACUUGCCGAUCUCGAGGCACAGGUCGAGAGAGUUCGAAAGGAAGCGUUAGACAGGGAGAAGAUGAGGAGGAAGAAGGAGAGAGCGCUCGAGGCCGUCAUGCAGGCGAGUGAGGAGAAGGGUGCGGGGAAGAGGGGUUUGGCAACAGGUCUUGGUGGAGAGGACGCGAUGGACAUCGAUGACGAAGGGGGAAGCGGGAGGGUUACGAGGGGGAACAAGAGGGGUCCUGGGGGCUUUGGGCUUGGUGGCAUGGGAGUGGGCAGGAGGCUGGGUUGA